AAUAAAAUGUUGUUUUAAUCCAAUUUCGAAACCCCUGAAUACCAACGACGAUUCUCUUCUACAUUCUUCCAUCCUUUUUUAUGUGCGUAUGUGUGUGUGUGUGUUUCUCUCACUUAUUCAUUCUCUCACUCACUCACUCACACUCUCACUCACUCACAGAAUUUUGCAUUUUGUGUCAAGUAAACAGACAAUGAUUUGUCGAGAGCCAACUUAUUUUCAGAAUAGAACUUUGGAAUAUUUCAUGACAUAGAAGAUUGACCAAGAACUGAAUUAUGGCGAUUGUAGUUGUGCUUCUCAUAACAUUUUUGGUGUUAUGUCUUCUCUAUACCAUUCCUAUUGUGUGGAAAGAAUUUAAGACUUUGCGGGCCCGACAAAACGCUGCUUCCAAGUUCCAUUGUUUGCCAAGACAUUGGUUGUGGGGCAAUAUGAAGCAAAUUAAAAGUCCCAUUGAUUUGAUCAAUAUCCCAAUGAAGAUGGUAGCUGCUAAGCACCAUUCCUACAGCCUCUGGUUCACAUCGUUUCUUCCUGACAUCACCAUCGUCCACCCAGAUGCUCUCAAACCAAUCAUUUGUUCAGCAGAACCAAAACCAAUGAAAAUCCUUGGCUACAACUUCGUCCUGCCAUGGUUAGGAGAUGGUUUGCUCCUCAGUAGCGGAAAAAAAUGGGAACGUAAUCGCAAACUGCUGACGCCUGCCUUUCAUUUCGAUAUUCUCAAGCCCAACAUUAGUGUCUUUAAUUUGGCUUCAGACAAACUUAACAAACAACUGGAGGUCCAGGCCGUAUCUGGUGAUGUUGUCAACCUUUUCAAAUACAUGUCCAACACAGCCCUGGACAUCUUGUUACGUUCAGCCCUCUCCUAUUCAGAGGAAGAAGCGGGAUCAGAGGCACAUGCUUCCUACAUCGAUGCUGUCAAUGAACUUUGCUACCUCCUGGGCAAAAGAGCUUUUAACGUUCUCCAUUAUAUUACCUGGAUUUACAAAUUGUCAUCUGACGGCAAAAAGUUCUUGAAACUCUGCGACCAAGUUCAUGAAUUCUCAGAGAACAUCAUUAAAGCACGCAGGAAAACAUUGGAGAAGAACCCUGACGCAAUCCGAAAUAAACGUAAAGUUGACUUCUUAGACAUCAUGCUUCUAGCAAGAGAUUCCAAUGGAGUUGGUUUGACCGAUCUUGACAUCAGAAAUGAAGUUGAUACAUUCAUGUUUGCAGGCCACGACACCACAGCUUGCAGCCUCAGCUGGAUGGUAUACUCGUUAGCUUGUUUUCCGGAUCACCAACAGAAGAUUUAUGAAGAAAUCUCACAGGUGAUGCAAGAUCGAGAAUAUGUCACUUGGGAUGACAUCCCAAACUUCCGUUACCUCACAGCCUGUCUCAAAGAAUCCAUCCGUCUCUUCUCCACGGUACCCAUCAUAACCCGUGUCCUUACAAAACCGAUGCAGAUUGAUGGUCACAUGCUUCCAGUGGGAUCUUCGGUGACAGUGAACAUCUAUGCAAUCCAUCAUAAUCCUGAUGUUUGGGAGGACCCCUACGAGUUUUUACCCGAACGGUUCCUGGACAGUCCUUCACCCCAGACUUCGUUCAAUUACAUACCUUUCUCGGCUGGCCCACGCAACUGUAUUGGACAGAAUUUUGCCAUGCUGGAAAUGAAAGUAAUUAUCGCCAAAAUCGUCAGAAAUUUUGAAAUCUUCUGUGUACCAAAUUUCAAAGCUGAGCCCUCCCCAGAAGUUGUGCUCAAGUCCAACACUGGCAUCAAAGUGAUUCUAAAACCAAGGGUGAAGAAAUUCCAAGACAAUUUUUAGGAUUCUACUAAGUUUUUUUUUGUUUUUUUUUUUGCAUUGACUAAAGAGUAAUGACUGAAUGCAAAAGUCUGAUAACUCAUCACACAUCUGAGAUGAUAACAUUUAUCAUAAAACGCACCCCCACCCUCUGGGUCAUUGCAGAAACCAAGACAACUGCUUUGGUCUUUCCGGAAUCCUGGUUUCUCUGAACCCAAAUAUAUUUGCUUCCUUUGAACUUGCAGAUAAUAUUAAUAAUGAUCAUAAUAAUAAUAAUAGUGAUCAUAAUAAUAAUGAUGUCUCCUUAUACCACUGUGGUUGUGGGUGUAGUCCCACUACAUGACACCUUCAGCAAAUGUCUUUUACUAUGGCCCCCAACCUGAUUAAAACCUUGCAAAUGGAUUUGAUAAAUAGAAACUAAAAGAAGCUUGUCAUGUGUGUGUGUGUGUGUGUGUGUGUCCCCUUAUCAGUGUGUGUGUGUCCCCUUAUCAGUGUGUGUGUGUGUCUGCAUGUUCAUACAUCUUGUCUACAUAUAUGACAGUCGUAAACAAACCUGACCGUCGUACGAGUGAUGUUGUUUUGUUUCCAGUCUUCCAUGUAAAGCAUCUCUGGCCAGGGGAAAUAUUUACUUUGGAGACAGGUAAAAAAAAUUGGUGACACAAAGAAUAACCCAGCUAUAGAAAAUCUACCUCAACAACAUCCCUCCGACCCAUGCAAGCAUGGAAAAGAAGAGGUUAAAUGUUGACGAGGAGGAGGAAGAGGAUUAUUUCUCUUCUUUUCCUUUGUUUUCUCUCUGACCACUGACCAUUGAAAUUCAAACUAAAUAUCAACUGAGUCCAUUUAUAUCUGACUGUAUCAUCUGAAAAGCUAUGGGCAUGCUCCGGCUUCUUUCACGUUUUAACCAAUAAACACUUCACACCAUUUGCUGUUUGUUUAAUCUUUAAAAUGUUGGAUUCUUGUAAUGUCCACUUUAGUAUACAAUAUACUUAUAAAACCAGUAAAGACUCAACUAUUCCUGACCGCCUACGCCGUACUCCGGUACUUCACGUACUUCUCUUCACUUAUAGUGACCAGGUUAUUCCAUUCCUCACGUGGGAGGGGUGUACCAUUUGAUUUAGUAAUAAUUUUUUUUAUUCACCCCCCCCCCCCACCUCCCUUUUUUUGAGAUUUUUUUUCAUACAAUUAUAUAUUUUUUUUUGUGCUUGGCAUCUAUUUUCAGAAACUUUGCAUUUUCUUUGUAUGCCUGGGUUCAAUCCCCUGCAGUGACUUGGAACAUAUUGUACAGCCAUUCCAUUGGUUCCUCCAACUUCUUUAGUUCGCUUUCCAAGAAUCUCUUGGUUGGUUCCUAUGUCUCUUUUUUUAUACCUUUUCCACUUAUUAUCCAAUACAUCAUUUUACCUAUGCCUUUGGUAAUUACGCCGUCUCCCCAGCUCUGCCUUCCAUUCUUGUAUGCCCUCAUAGACACCUUUGCACCAACUUUCAACAAUGUCUUGCUAUGUCUUCCCUGGCACUUUUUCUUUACUUGCCAGGUAACAAUUUAUCAAGGACCAAUUCUACUUUCCUUGCAAACAUCAGCUCUGCUGGUGAGCCACCUGCUGGUGUAUUCGGAUUUGGUGUCACAAGGUACACUCUUAAGAAUUGCUGUACAGCCACCUCAUCCAUGACUUCCUUAUUUGAUUUUCUGAGGGAUCUCUUGAAGGUAUCGACAAAGCGUUCUGCCUGUCCAUUAGAUCUGGGAUGGCAUGGCACUGUAGUUAUAUAUUCUACUAUGAAUGUUUCACAAAAUUUUAAAAAUUCGCUAGACUCAAAUUGCAUUCCAUUGUCAGACAUUGUCUGGGAUGCCGAAGCUUGCAAAGAAUUUGUUUAAAAAAUUUAUCACAGUUGAGCAGGUUAGUUUUUUUUUACACUUGCAAAUUCCAGGCCAUUUCAAAAAAUUAUCAACUACCACUAAAUAGGAAGAACCCUUUUAAAGGACCAGGGAAAUCGAUGUGUAGUCUUGACCAUGGAGCAUCUACUUUUGAACAAGGUUUACAUUUUGUUGUGGUCAAUUGUUUCUUUCGUUUUGGCUUCCAUUCUGUUUCACUGCCAUUUUUUGUUUCCAUUCCUCUGCUGCAUUCAAACCUUCCACUGAACCAACUUAUACUUCCACACAAAACACUUAUGGACAUAUUCCAUACUUUGAAUAUAGAUUUCUCUGUCAAAUAGAUUAAGUGAAUCUUUUAAUACAUGUAUCUUUGCCUUUUUUUCAUUUCACCUCAAAAUGUUACAUUACAUAGGAAUUCACCGUAAAAAUGGUUUUUCCCAUAACACCACGUGCUACCUUUUGCAAUUUACUUAUUUCCUGCUUUCUGACAUA